AUGCAAGGUCAAAGCAGCGGCUCCAAUUCUUUCCCUUCCGGAAACUUUUACUCCAAUGGUCAUCUUAGAUCUGGUCAUCGUAAUGUGGUUCCAGAUGCUUUAGUUCAUGACAGAGACGGACAUACUUCCAUGAGAUGGAUUGGUCAACCCAACUCUAGUCUUGAUACCCAAAAUCAUGCUGGCUUUAGUCAAUUCUUGGGUGAUGACUUUGGGUUUUCUCCUCUAGGUGAUCAAGUUGGCAUGAACCAAAGGUCUGUGCCAACCAUUAACCCUUUUCUAGAAAAUAAUAGCGGCAUCGCCGGUAAUGGUCAUAACAGUAGUGAAAAUGGUUCGAUCGGCUCAUCGUUAUUUCCAAGGCGAGAGGCUGGUUCUGGUCUUCUACAACAACAACGUAACUUAGACCUGAAUGCUGUGGUACAUGAAGGAAGAAGAUUCGAUGCAGGUCAGGGUAAUGGACCAUACUUAUCAUUAGACCUUUUUAGAGCUGGAGCAAGAACAACGGCAGGAGAUCAUGAUCGCAUUCAGACCUUCGGCGGUUCUUCUUCUAACCCAGCCAUGACUUACUCAGGAAUAGCGAGAUAUAUUCUAGAAGAAAAUAGAAUCAGAGAUGGCCUUCCAGCCAAUGGUCAAACAAGGCUUUUAUGCAAAAGAAAGGCGCUUGAAUAUGCUACUGGUGGUAGUUCAAGCUCCGCACGGCAAGCUGCCAAUUCUCACCAACCAGGGACUAAUAUUGGCCAACAUAAUGUUAGAAACUACUUGAGUGCAGUUAAUUCCUUCAAUAGUGGUCAUUCAAGACAUGGGGCUGCUUUGCCGAUACCCUCUAACUUCUAUCAAGUUUCAACAGAAGUUAGGCAAGCUGACAACUUUGGAAGAAAUACUCGUUUGAGAAGGACUGCAAGUCAACCGGUUCCCACAUCAGCAAACUUGCAGGCGUGGAACUCAAUCAAUUCUAAUGCACAACCUACAAGUCAAUGCCCCGUUACCCUUACAAGCUUAGCACCAGUGCCAGUUCUAGCAAAUCCAGCCAUGCAGCUGCAGACUAUGCAAGUCUCCAACUCGUUGCAAGCUCCGCUACCUUCUCGAUAUUGGAACGGGACAACCAUGUCAAGGGUUGGUCCUUCCAUCUCUCGUUAUCAGACCUUAUUGCGACAGGAAAACAACUUAAGAAACAAUAGAAGGAAUAUGAUGAUUUCUUUGGCGAACAUGCAAGCAAACCUCAACUUGGCCAAUGAGAACUCAAACUUCAUUGGAAACGUUGCCUCCUCUUCCAGGAUCCAAUCCGGCCCUGGCAUGCAUCUACCGUAUUCAUCCAUAAGGUCCCCUCAUCCAAAUAUGGUUGAACAAUACAGACAAAGAUUGCAACAUAUUUCCAAUCCAUCAGACCCCUGGAGGCAGGGGAAUAACAAUCCGAUACAUUCUGGUGCUUCCCUAGUUGUUCAAGACAUGGACGUUUCAGUGAGAGAUGGCAAUCCUAGGCGUGCUCAGCUUCCUCUGAGGUUGGUACCAAGAGCUGAGGGACAAGCUGGUCAUAAUUAUAGGCUAUCAUUGACAGAACAAUCUCAAACUGCUGCUCAAAGAAGUAGGCCGAUAUCUGAGGUUCGCAAUGCCUUGGGACAUGUACGUAGGCAUGGUGGCUUACGACCUGAGAUGCGCCUUGAUGUUGAUACUAUGUCUAAUGAGGAACUACAGAAUCUGGAGGAGCAAAUUGGGAACUUUGGCACUGGGCUAAGCGAGGAAGCUAUUCUGGGGAAUCUGAGAAGGCAAAAAUAUCAGUCCAUAACAAUGGGACCCCCAGCAGAAACUGAACCCUGCUGUAUUUGUCAGGAGGAUUAUGCUAAUGGCGAAGAGCUUGGUAAGCUGGACUGUGGUCAUGACUUUCACUUCAGUUGCAUUAAGCAAUGGCUGGUGCAGAAGAAUUCAUGCCCCAUAUGCAAAAAGACAGCUUUGGCUAUUUGAAAUCAGGAUCCUCAUCCUCAUGCCUCCUAAUAUUUGAAUAAAAAAAAAACCAUAAGCUGUUGAAUUUUUGGACCUGCCGGUCACCUAGUAUUUUGAUACACAUUUUGUUAUUUUACUUUUCCUUCCAUUUCGGAGACUUUCAUGUUGGCAAACAAUGAAUCAUUCUACUUAGGAAACUAUGAUCGGAGGUCCAGUGCAUUCAAAUUGGGACAUUUUUUUAAC